AUGCCUUUUGUUUAUCGCCUUCAAUCAGAUCAUACUCUAUCGAUUAAACAACUUCGCCACGCUCUUCAUCUCACUGUUAACAAACAUCACUCACUUCAUACAUCACUUCAUUUUGACAUUGAAAAGAAUAUGCUUAUGCAACGAGUUAUCACUCAUGAAGAUAAAAGUAAUAAUAACAUGUUUUCAAUCAUCAAAACUACUUAUGAAACAGAUGAACAAUUGAAUGAGAUUUUACACGACGAGAAACGUAAUCCUCAUCUUUUUGAUCAUGCUCAAGGUCUUGUCUUUCGAUGUCAUAUUAUUUAUUACAAACAAAUCUCUUCAAAUCAUCUUCUUUCUGACAAAGAUCUACUUAUCUUCAACUUUCAUCAUGCUUUGUUUGAUUUUCCAUCGAUGGAAGUGUUUCUGGACGAUCUCAAUCAAGCAUAUACAGUAGGUCAAUUACUAUAUGAUGACAACACUCUUCUACGUUAUCUCGAUUAUGCUGUUAUUGAACAACAAAUGUCAAUGACGGGUGCAAGUCUAUUUUGGUUGGAUGGUCUUCAUAACUGUAAACUUGAUCAACCUUUACCAUUACCAUUUGAUCGAUAUCGUCUCUCAAAUGAACAUCGAACUGGUCGUGGAACAUCUAUCUCAUUUGACUUUGGUCAAGAUCUCUCAUAUGACUUUCUUACACAUGCAUCAUCAAAUAACAUAUCACUUGAACAACUUGAACUUGCUAUUUAUUUCAUCUUUCUAUUUAAAUUAACUAAUGGACAAACAGAUCUAUGUCUUGCUAUGAACAUCAAUAAUAAUCGAUAUAGAGAUGAACUCAAAUCAAUCAUUGGAUUGUUUGAGAAUGUCAUUCCAUUACGAUGUCAAUUAGAUCCUCAUUGGUGUUUUCAUCAAUUAUUCGAACAUGUCCAAAUGAUAACAACAAAUAGUAUAAAAUAUUCAUAUUUUCCACUUCAACAUAUUCUCAAUCAACAUCCAAAUAUAUCAAAGCAUGCAUUUUUGGAUAUAUCUUUGGAAUUUAUAUCAUGUGAGAGUAACAAUGGUAACAAUGGUAACAAUGGAAUCAUAAUCGAUGAUUCUCAACUUGUUCCAACAUCUUUCUCAUUCAAUAUUAAUGAAGAUGAUAUACUAAGUGCAUCCAACUUCUCUCUUUUGUUUCACCAUAAUAUGAAGAUGGAUCAACUGUCAUGCACAAUCAAUGCAUCACUUGACUCGUUCAAUAGAGAGACAGUGGAAAAGAUUUCACAACGAUUUCAUUCCAUUUUACAUCAAGUAUCUGCAUCUAUGAUUGAUAGUCAAAUAAAUAAACCUAUCAAUGAAUUAUCAUUAAUAUUAUCAAAUGAACAAUAUCUAAUGCAAUCAUUGAAUAAUACACAAGUAUCAUUUAUAUCUCCUGUCACUUGUAUUCAUCAUGAGUUUGUGUAUCAAGUAAUGAAGCAUCCUCAAAAACUAGCAGUUGAACUAGAUGAACAAUCAUUGACAUACUGUGAACUCUUACAUUAUGUUCAAGUCUUAUCUUUAUCUCUUCUUCAUGAUUAUCUUAUCGCUCCAGGUGAAGUCGUGUGUCAGUGUGUUGAGAGAAGUUUGUCGAUGGUGAUUGGUAUAAUGGGAAUUGAAAUGGCAGGUGGUAUUUAUUGUCCAUUAUCACCUCGAGAUCCACGACAUCGUUUGCAUACACUUGUACAACAAACCGAAAGUCGUCUUGUUCUUGUGCAUCAUUUAACAAAGAACAAAUUCAAUCAUAAUAUUGUCUCACCUAAUAUCGAUUCAAUAUUAAUCAUUAAUGAUACAGAUAAGAAAGAUCUUUCGAACUCGAUAGUGAAAGGGGAAGAUAUAGCGUACAUUAUUUUCACAAGUGGCUCAACUGGAACACCUAAAGCGGUUCAAGUUCGGCAAAAGAACUUUAUUGAUUGUAUAAAUUCUUUGACUUACAUUAACUCAUUUAAUAAAGAUGAUACAGUUGUACAAAUGACACGAUGUUCAUUUGACAUUCAUGUUCAAGAGAUACUUGGUACAUUGCUAGUUGGAGGCACCUUGAUUAUGCUUCAUCCAGGUGGAACGAUUGAUUUUGAUUAUUUAUCUGAAGUGUUACAGAACAAGCAAAUCACAUAUAUACAUACUGUACCAAGUUUUCUACAUAGUUUUUUCAUUUUUAUCGAGGAAAACAAGAAAGUAAAUGCUGUGAAAUAUCUUCGAUCACUUUGUAGUAUCGGUGAAGCUUUUGUUGUUCAUUUGAUCGACUUAAUCGUGAAAACUGGCAUAAUCAACUGUACUGUGUGGAAUUUAUACGGUCCAGCUGAAACAACUAUAGCUUCUACCUUCCACAGAGUAGAUCUAAUAGAAGAUACACGAAGCGUCUCAAUUGGUACACCACUUUCUAAUUACCAAUGUAUGUUUAUGAAUCAAUAUUUACAAUCAUCAGCCACCAGUCAACAAGGUGAAUUAUUUGUGGGAGGAGCAGGUGUCUUUGCUGGUUACCUUGGGCGUGAUGAUUUAACUGCAAAAGCUCUUGUUGAAGUAGAUGGUGAACUCUUCUAUCGAACAGGUGAUCUUGUUAGAAUGGAUAACAAUGGUCUUCUUUAUUAUCAAGGAAGAAAAGAUCAUCAAAUCAAAUUACAUGGACAACGAAUUGAGCUUGGUGAAAUCGAACGAUGUUUACUUAGCAUUUCAUCUAUAUCUGCUUGUGUUGUCAUGAAAUGGAAUGAUGAUUAUUUAGUUGCUUAUGUUCAAAGUUCUGAUAUCAACGAAGAAGAACUACGCCAACAUUGCCAGUCUCACCUUCCAUCACAUAUGAUUCCAUCGAUAUUUAUUAUACUUGAAAAAGUACCAUUGAAUCCAAAUGGUAAAAUAGAUCGAAAACAACUUCCUUCACCCGACUUUUCAUUAUCAACUUUGUUAUCCUCCGAUGAAUCUGAUACUCCUCUUAAUCGGUUUGAAGAACAUAUACACACUAUUUGGUGUCAAGUUCUUCGUUGUAAUGAAAAUCGUAUUGCUAGAACUACCAGCUUUUUUAGUGUUGGUGGUCAUUCACUUCGCUUCAUCGAACUCUAUUAUCGUUACCAGUCAUUAUUCAAUUUCGAUGCUCAUUUACUCUCGAUUGGUCUCUUUCAUCAGCAACCAACUAUUCGACAACAUGCACAACUGCUUCAAACACUUCCACCGAAUGAUGCGCAGACGAUACGAUGGCAAUCACCGCAUAUCAAUCAAGAUAUUCCUUCUUUUGCUCAGGCGGGCAUCUUUCUCGAUGAACAAAUUCAAACUUCACAUGAAAUUGCUACCCAUUCGAAUUUUUUUAAGCAUCCGUUUGUUGUGAUCAAUGAAAGUUGCGAUAAUAUUUUGUUUAUUUUGCCACCUGGUAACGGUGGUGCCGAAAGCUACUUCAGCAACAUUGUGCCUCAUUUAUCACAAUGUAAACUGGAGCAGCGUAACGAUGGAAAAGAUGUUUCAGUAGAAUUUCUUAAUCCAAAAUUAAAUAGUCGAUUAAUUGAUGGUUACUCUUUUAUUACAUUAUCAGAACUAAUUGAACUAAAAUUAAUAUCAGUUAAACGUUUGCCUGGUCAUCAUGCUCAAGAUCAAUCAGACGUAUUACAAUUGAUAAAAAAUCCGCAAAUUGGACAAAUUAUUUGUAGAAGCACUUCAUCCAUAUGUCCAAAAUGA